GGAGCCAAGGCGGAACUGUUGAGCUUUUGUUUGUUUUAGACGGCGCCAUUUUACAAAGGGACCGUGUGUUCCCCAGCUGAUCUAUUUCACAAAGGUAGAUCAUGAGUAAAGAUUCACAAAUGAGGGCUGCAAUAAACCAGAAGCUGAUAGAAAUGGGGGAACGGGAACGGUUGAAAGAGUUACUCAGGGCAAAACUGGUGGAGUGUGGGUGGAAGGACCAGCUGAAGGCACACUGCAAAGAUGUGAUCAGAGAAAAGGGACUGGAACAUGUCACAGUGGAAGACCUGGUCACAGAAGUCACACCCAAAGGCAGAGCGCUUGUUCCAGACAGUGUGAAGAAAGAACUCCUCCAGAGAAUCAGAGCGUUUUUAGCUCAACACGCCACUUUGUGAACGAGACAAUUCCUCUGUAGACAUUUUUUUACUCACUAUAGAUCCACAAUUAAAACCCGAUACUGAUACCUGUUCUCAUUGUGAGCGAUGCUGAAGUGUUAUUUUUAUUUUGUAUUGUGUGUUUUCAUAUUGAUUUUAGUUUGUUAUGCAGCAGUUUUGGACAAAAAAAUAAUAAAGUCAUGCCUAUUUUGGUGA